AUGGUUACCCCUGAUAUGUCUAUACCCGCCCCUGCAUCCAAAGUCGAUUUCCUUGUAGUUGGCGGUGGUCCCGUCGGUUUAUUGGCUGCUAAUCUCAUUGUUCAAGCUGGUCUCACUGUUCGCAUUGUUGAUAUCGAAUAUGAGCCCAAUCAUUGGGGACGUGGUGAUUGGAUCCAUGGACGCACACUCGAGUUAUUGGAAAGAGCAGGUCUAGAAGUUGAACUAUUAAAGACAGGUGUUAAAGUGGACAAAAUGUCAUCUUAUAUGAAUGGUCUCUUGCAGAAGGAAAUUCCAUUUGUUCCUGAGGAGACAGAGUCCAAGCAUGAAUACUUGCUCUGUGUUGGUCAGCACAUUACUGAAUCAAGCCUGCAAAGCCAAUUGUCGCAAUUUGAUGUCCAGGUCGAGCGUCCUUCCACUGUAGUAAGCAUGGAUCGCGAUGGAAACAAGGAUGGCGAGUAUCCUAUUACUGCUACUGUCAUGCAUUUGCAAGAAGGAAGAGGCACAGAGGACGUUCAAUGCAAGUAUGUCUUGGGUUGUGAUGGUGCUCACAGCGAUAUUCGUCAACAGCUUGGUAUUACCAAUGAGGGAGAGACGAGUGAGACGCAUGCCGGUGUCCUGGAUGCGCUUAUUAGAACCAACUUUGCAAGCAGGAAAGAAGUCUGUAUUGUGCAGAGUGAUCAUGCCAAAACAAUCAGCAUGUUUCCUAGAGAAAACGGCUUGACGCGUCUGUUUGUCCAUUUCAAUGAGAAUGAACAUGAGCAAAGGAAAGAGCAGCACAACAGAAACAAGAUCAUGCUCGAGGAUAUCCAAAGAGAAGCCAAAAGAGCCUUAUUACCCCACCGUAUUGAAUUCUUGGGUAUUCUGUAUUGGUCAGUGUACGUGGUAGGACAACGCUAUGCUUCUAGACUUGAUUCAAAAGACCAAAGAGUCUUUCUCUGUGGCGAUGCUGCUCAUUCUCAGAGCCCAACACUUGGUCAAGGCUUGAACACGGGUCUUGGUGAUGUCUUCAACUUGAUCUGGAAGAUUGUUAUGGUGGAAAGGGGUCAACUGGAUCGCAAAUUUCUCGCGACAUAUCAUUCAGAAAGAUGGCCCGUUGCUCAAAAUGUACUAGACAUUGACAGAAUUGCAGCUAAAGCUGCUGCUGGACAUAAAGCUGCAGACUACUGCGAUGUGGUAGAGAAACAUAGACUUUUCACAGCGGGAUACGGUAUCAGUUACGAGAAGAAUAGCAAGGAUGAUGUGUCUCUGGUGUGGGCUCCAGGGGCAGAAGAUGAAGCCAUUGAACUCAAAUCUGAAUAUCACAUGAAGCCUGGUAUGCGUGCUCCUAAUUUCAAGGUAUUCGGCUUUACCAGUGGUAAAAAGACGCGUCUCUUUGAUGCCAUUCCAAAGAAUGGCAAGGUGCCCCAGUGGUUAUCGUAUACCUUGUUCGUGCUGGCCCAUGACCUUCGAUCGACACAUGAGAUUGUCGCUAGGUUUUUGGAAGAAACUAGCAAAGCAACCACUUUGUUGCCACCUACCAACGUUGUAGUUAUCACGACAAGCACAGCGGAUCAAGUUGCUGCCUACAAGAGCAUGCUGGAUAGUGACCGAGUGGUGAUUGACAAACUAAACCAAGCCCAAUGUCAUAGAGCUUUCCAUCGUAGAGCAGCUGGUUCUGGUAAUCAUCAUUCAACCGAAGAUGAAAAGGUUCAAGUAGUACUCGUGAGACCUGAUGGCUAUAUUGGUACUAUUAUUAGGAGCGAUGACGCUACUUUGUUAAGCAAUAGAGUUUGCCAAUACUUUUCAAAUAUUGUUUAA